AUGGAGCACCCGCUCUUCGGCUGCCUGCGCAGCCCGCACGGCACCGCUCAGGGCCUGCACCCCUUCUCGCAGUCUUCCCUGGCUCUUCACGGCCGCUCGGACCACAUGUCCUACCCCGAACUCUCGCCCUCGGCCUCUUCGUGUAUAAUCGCUGGCUACGCCAACGAGGAGGGCAUGUUCGGCAGCCAGCACCACCCGCGCGGCCACCACCACCACCACCACCACCACCAUCACCACCCACAGGCACCCCCGCCGCCGCCGCCGCCGCCGCCACCCCCGCCGCAGCAUCAGGCGCUGCAGGGCAGCUGGCACCUCCCGCCCCUGGCUUCGCCUCCCGCUGCCGCCCGCCACAGCCUGUGCUUGCAACCCGACGCCGGCGGCGGCCCGGAGCUGGGCGGCGGUGCCCAGGGUUUGUGCGCCUCUUCGGGCAGCUUAGGUGCCAGCACGCCCACGGGGGCGGCUUGCGCACCAGGGGACUACGGGCGCCAGGCGCUGUCCCCCGGGGACGCCGAGAAGAGGGCCGGCAAGAGGAAGAGCGAUAGUUCAGACUCCCAGGAAGGAAAUUACAAGUCGGAAGUAAAUAGUAAGCCCAGGAAGGAAAGGACAGCAUUCACCAAGGAGCAGAUCCGAGAGCUCGAGGCAGAAUUUGCUCAUCAUAACUACCUGACCCGGCUGAGGAGAUAUGAGAUUGCAGUGAACUUGGAUCUCACGGAAAGACAGGUGAAAGUCUGGUUCCAAAACAGGAGGAUGAAAUGGAAGCGGGUAAAAGGAGGCCAGCAAGGGGCAGCUGCCCGAGAAAAGGAACUGGUGAAUGUGAAAAAGGGGACCCUGCUGCCUUCAGAGCUCUCUGGCAUUGGGGCCACUGGCCUCCAGCACACAGGGGACUCGUUAGCCAACGAUGACAGCCAUGAUAGCGACCACAGCUCCGAGCACGCUCACUUAUGAUACCGAGCGCGGGAUGCGCCGAGCGAGCGCCGUUCUCAGGAAAGAAACGCUAGCAUGGCGAGCCUUACUUACCCAGACGUGGUUUACAGAGGGAGAAGACAGUGGCAGUGAGCAUUGGCUUUCUGACAGCCAGCCUUCUCCUGCUUGUCCCUCUUGAGCUGUAGAGGGCUAAGUGCCACUUCUCCGAGGGGCCUCCAUGGUGAUGAUGCUGAAGAUGGACUUGCUUGGAACAUUCCGCACUCGUUGGCCAUGCCUUGGACAAUGGGCAGGUCUUUGUUUGCUUAGCUUGCACUGAAAAAUAAAUUGCUAUGGAGAGCAAAAUAGGAGACAUUUUAUCUUGAACAGUCCCAGGGCCCCAAAUCACUGUUUAUUGGAUAAGAAAUGUAUUUUAACUCUGUAUAUAUUUACCUUAUGGCAUUUUCCUGUCUUCACUAACUUUUGCAAAGCAUUCAUAUUAGCUUAUGGCAAUAGACAUUUCCUAAUGACAAUCUUCAUCUUGUCUCCCUUCUGUUUUCUCGUUUCAAAGACAAAGCAUACAUGCUAACUUGUGUUCCUUCCAGUAGAGGAAGAUGGAAUAGAAGAGACGGAUGGAACACACCCUUCUUUGUACCACAGACAAAACAAAUCUUCUGUUGCAUUUACUAUCGACUGCUGCUAAUAGGGUAUUAUAGACCUUACCUAGCUCUUCAACUCUUCCUAUCUUAUAGCUUGAAAAAUGUGUUUUUUUUUAGGAUCAUAAAAAUUAGUCAUCUUUCAGAAGUUUGUAUGCCAACUAUUGCCCAAAGUCAUCUCUAUAAAAUAUUAGAAAAUAUCAAGUAUUGCUUCUACAAUGGGAAUAAGUCAUUUCACCAGAAGGAAGGUUUUUGUUUUUGUUGUUGUUUUUUUCAUAUGGCAUUGAAUAGCAAGAGAUACAUUGUAAAGCAAAAUUGGUAGUUGGUAGUUCAGAAACUGUCUCCAGCUUAAGUUCAUCUUAAUAAACCUACACAUUGUUGUUUCAUAUAUAUGUGUACAUAUAGAACACCAAAGCCUUAACAGAAAACAUGAUUGUAAUUUGUAAAAAAAAAAAGUUUAA